UUUUCUUGUUUGGAUCCUCUUAAGCUGAUGACGCUCUCGUUUUCAGAGCUACACCACCCCGACCUCAACUCUGGUACCAAUAUCCUUUGCCUGGAACAUGAAAUUACAUAACUUCAUCCGAUACCCUUCGGACCUCGAAAUACCAUCAGACUGAGUCAUGAUAGAGAGGCGUCUAUCUUCUCACUUCCCACUAACCGUUUCACUGGACGGCAAUCUGAGGGGGAAUACACAAUAUCUGGGCUGCAGCCGUACAUGUGAAGAUACCCACACCGUGCAGUCAUCAUCCUAGAACGAGGGUAUAAGCCAUCAAUAUCUAUUUAUCCAUCUGUGGGCCGCGGUUCCGCGUAGAUUGCUGCGUGACUUACUGGUAUAAGGGCCACCUUCUCUGCUCAAAUACCAGAUUGCACGGUCUUCCCUUUGCUCCAAGCAUGCCCAACGCAGCCCCCCACCCCAUCAUCGCCUACCGCAUAGACAAUUCUCACCUCAACGAUUCCAGAUACCAACGCGGUGAAGAAGUCCGGGCCCCCUCAUCCUGCCGGCUAUACUGGGAUAUGUGGAAGGAUCCCGAAUACUUCGCCAUCGACACUGGAGCCACCGACUCUAAUGGGAAAUACCAGUUCAUCGCGCUCGCUCGAGCGGUCGUCGAUCGACACAUCCGUUUUAUCAUCAUCACGUGUGGCGCCUUCCCCGAGUCGUGGGGACCUAUCCACGUAGAGAACGCCCGCAACCACACAGUGACUAUCCAUAACGUGCUGCAGAGUAUAUAUCGAUACCUGUGCAUCCCACUGACGCACGCUGAACAGGCUGCGCUGAGCCACAAACAGCGCGAGAUGAUGAUGAGGACUCUGUUUGCGAAUCCGGGGAGGGCGUCGACCCUCAACCGGGGGCACUACUUGGGAGCGAACCAUUAUUUUGGUGGGCUGACGCCGUCGUUGAGGUUUAAUGACACGUACAUCCUUACGCUUCGACGCUCAGGCCAAGGACAAGCGCGGGGUUAGUCCGUCCCAAGAUAAAUGGGAACGUCAUGCAUGAUACAUAAAGGGCAA